AUGGUUCGAGAACAGUAUACCACAGUUACUGAGGGCUUCCACCUCGAGAGGCCUGAGAGCCAGCCUGUCUACAAGAUCGGCAUUUACGGCUGGAGGAAGCGCUGCCUCUACCUCUUCGUUCUUCUCUUGCUCACAACACUCAUCCUGAACCUCGCUCUCACAAUCUGGAUUCUAAAAGUGAUGUGGUUUUCUCCAAUAGGAAUGGGUCACCUGCAUGUUACAGCAGAUGGACUUCGCCUGGAAGGGGAAUCGGAAUUUUUAUUUCCUCUGUAUGCCAAGGAAAUACGCUCCCGAGUGGACUCAUCUCUGCUUCUGCAGUCAACUCAGAAUGUGACAGUCAAUGCUCGCAACUCAGAAGGGGAGGUCACAGGCAGAGUCAAAGUGGGUGCCCAGAUGGUAGAAGUCCAGAGCCAGCACUUUCAGGUCAGUUCUGAAGCUGGCAAGCCACUGUUCACCGCUGAGGAGCAGGGCAUCGUGGUCGGCACCGGCAGGCUGCGGGUGACAGGGCCAGAAGGAGCAAUUUUUGAACACUCAGUGGAGACCCCCCUUGUCAGAGCGGACCCGUUCCAAGACCUCAGGUUAGAAUCCCCAACUCGGAGUCUAAGCAUGGAUGCCCCAAGGGGGGUUCACGUUAAAGCUCGUGCUGGGAAAAUGGAGGCCCUCUCUCAAAUGGACAUCAUCUUGCAGAGCAGUGAUGGAGUGGUGGUGCUUCAUGCUGAAACUGUUGCUUUGCUCCAGUUGAAGCAGGGGACACGGGGUCCCUCUGGCAGCUCUCAUGGAUUCUAUGAGAUGUGUGUGUGUCCUGACGGGAAGCUGUACCUGUCUAUGGCUGGCGAGGCCACCACCUGCGAGGAACACAGCCACAUCUGUCUCUGA